GGGCAAUCACACGCCAGGCGGAUCCCGGCUCCUCCACACUCACACAGCGCGCUCCACCCGGGCCGGAGGAAGCGACGAUGCCUCCCAGGAGGUGACCACGGCUGAAUCCUUAGCCACAUUUUCCCUGAACAUGGAAUCCAAAUCUAUUCAUAUAGAAUAGAUUGAGCCUUUAAAAUGGGGUUUAUUUCCAAGCCGGCGACGAGGUGAGGCGAAAGCGGCGGCCGCGGUGGAAGCCCAAGAUAGAAAGCGCUUUAUUGAGAGGAGCAGGGAGGGAGGGAGGGAGACCGCGACGCUCUCCCGUCUAAGAGGAUAAAGGGAAAAGAAAAAAAAAGCGAAACUGAGCUAUAUUUAAGCGGGCUGUUUCGGGCCAGCCUCCCGUGCCACCAUGAGCAGCAGCGGGCCGGAUGAGAGCUCGGUGCGCGUCGCCCUGAGGAUUCGUCCUCAGCUGCCCAAAGAGAAGAUUGAGGGCUGUCACAUCUGUACGUAUGUGAUGCCAGGAGAACCCCAAGUGGUCCUGGGCAAGGACAAGGCCUUCACCUAUGAUUAUGUCUUCGAUAUGGACACCCAGCAGGAGACGAUCUACACCCACUGCACCGAGAGGCUCAUCGAGGGUUGCCUUGAGGGCUACAACGCCACAAUCUUUGCAUAUGGACAGACGGGUUCGGGGAAGACGUACACCAUGGGAACUGGCUUCGAUGUCAACAUUGGAGAGGACGAGCUGGGCAUCAUUCCCCGGGCCGUGAACCACCUGUUCAGAGGAAUCGAGGAGCGCAGACAGGCCGCCACUGAGCAGGGCAGGCCUGUUCCUGAAUUCAAGAUCAAUGCACAGUUCCUGGAGCUUUACAACGAGGAGGUGCUCGAUUUGUUCGACACGACUCGAGACCUCGAGGCCAGGAAGCAGAAAUCCAACAUCAAAAUCCACGAGGACGCCAACGGAGGCAUCUACACGGUGGGGGUCACCACCCGCACCGUCACCUCUGCAGCCGAGAUGAUUCAGUGUCUGAAGCUGGGCGCUCUGUCUCGCACCACCGCCAGCACCCAGAUGAACGUCCAGAGUUCACGCUCCCAUGCCAUCUUCACCAUCCACUUGUGCCAAGUGCGAGUCUGCUCCCCUGACAACAAUGAUAACGCGACGGAUAACCGUCUGGCUGACGACUCGGAGAUCGAUGAGUUUGAGACUCUGACGGCCAAGUUCCACUUUGUGGACCUGGCGGGUUCUGAGAGAUUAAAGAGAACUGGAGCUACAGGAGACAGAGCGAAAGAGGGCAUCUCCAUCAACUGUGGGCUGCUCGCCCUGGGAAAUGUCAUCAGUGCUCUUGGAGACAGGAGUAAGCGCUCCACUCACGUGCCUUACAGAGACUCCAAACUGACCCGGCUGUUACAGGACUCACUAGGUGGCAACAGUCAAACUGUGAUGAUCGCCUGCAUCAGCCCGUCAGACAGGGACUUCAUGGAAACCUUGAACACGCUAAAAUACGCCAACCGGGCCCGGAACAUCAAGAACAAGGUGAUGGUGAACCAGGAUAGGGCCAGCCAGCAGAUCAGCGCCCUGAGGACAGAGAUAGCACGACUGCAGAUGGAGCUGAUGGAGUACAAGACUGGAAAGCGCAUGGUGGGUGAGGACGGCAUGGAGGGCAUGAACGACCUGGUCCAUGAAAACUCCAUGUUGCAGACGGAGAAUAACAACCUGAGAGUGAGAGUGAAGGCCAUGCAGGAGACCAUUGAUGCCCAGAGAGCUCGACUCACUCAGAUCCUCAGUGACCAGGCAAACCAGGCUCUCGCCAAAGCAGGUGAAGGUAACGAAGAAAUCGGCAACAUGAUUCAGAACUACAUCAAAGAAAUCGAGGAGCUCAGAGCCAAACUUCUGGAGAGUGAGGCCGUGAGCGAGAACCUCAGGAAGAACCUGUCCCGGGCCUCCACUCGUUCCUCGCUGUACGGCGGCCCCGCCCUCCUCGCUCCAGGGAAGGAGGCCAGGGACGUCAUCGAGAUGGCCAAGAAAGACCUGGAGAAACUCAAGAAGAAGGAGAAAAAGAAGAAAAAGAGACUGAGGCAGUACGAAGAGAAUCACCAUCAUGAGCUUGAGGACGCCAGUGUUGUCAAAGAGGAGCUGCCGGACAACGAUCAGGAAAGAGGAAACGAGGAGGCAGAGGUGGAGGGCAGCGACCAUGAAGAGGGCGAGGAUGCUGAUGGAGAAGAAGAGGACUUUGAGAUGGCGGGAGAUGAGACAUCCGAGGAGUCUGACUCUGAAGAACUGGAUGAGAAAGAAAACGUUCAGGCCGACCUGGCCAACAUCACCUGUGAGAUCGCCAUCAAGCAGAAGCUGAUCGAUGAGUUGGAGAACAGCCAGCGGCGUCUGCACACUCUCAAACAGCAGUAUGAACAGAAGCUGAUGAUGCUGCAGAACAAGAUCAGAGACACGCAGCUGGAGAGGGACAAAGUGCUGCACAACAUGGGUUCAGUGGAGUCCGGUACGGAGGAAAAGGCCAAACGGAUCAAAGCUGAGUACGAGAGGAAGCUGACCUCCAUGAACAAAGAGCUGCAGAAGCUCCAGUCUGCCCAAAAGGAGCACGCACGCCUGCUGAAGAACCAGUCGCAGUACGAGAAGCAGCUCAAGAAACUCCAGCUGGAUGUGACCGAGAUGAAGAAAACCAAAGUGGCACUGAUGCGCCAGAUGAAGGAGCAGCAGGAGAGGAACAGGGCCACAGAGUGCAGGAGGAACAGAGAGAUAGCCUCGCUGAAAAAAGACCAGCGCAGAGCUGAGCACCAGGUGAGGCAGCUCGAGGCCCAGAAGAGACAGCAGGAGCUGAUCCUCCGUCGGAAGAAUGAAGAGGUGACCGCUCUUAGGCGCCAGGUGAGGCCCGUGUCCGGAAAGGUGAGCAGGAAAGUGAGCCUACCUGAACCUCCUCAGGAACCCUCUCAUAGAGCAGUCCCAGGACGGCUGCAGUCCUCUAGUGCAAGCUCUUCCAACGGAGCCAGGAGUUCCCCAGUGCGGAUGGGAAGUAUCUACCUCAACAGAUCAGCCAGGGCCAAGUGGCAGUCACUGGAGAGACGCAUCAAUGACAUCAUCAUGCAGAGGAUGACCAUCUCUAACAUGGAGACAGAUAUGAACCGACUACUGAAGCAACGUGAGGAGCUGACUAGGCGACGUGAGCGAGUGUCUAGGAAAAGAGAAAAAACGGCAGUAGACGGCGCGGACGCCGACCGCUCCCUGGCGUCUCUGAACGAGGAGCUGGAGUCCCUGAGCGCCAACAUCGACUACAUCAACGACAGCAUCGCCGACUGCCAGGCCAACAUCAUGCAGAUGGAGGAGGCUAAGGAGGAAGGAGACACCGUGGAUGCUGCUGCUGUCAUCAGUUCCUGUAACCUAUCUGAGUCCCGCUUCCUACUUGACCAUUUCAUGACUAUGGCCAUUAAUAAGGGUCUGCAGGCGGCUCAAAAGGACUCCCAGCUGAAGGUGAUGGAGGGUAGGCUGAAGCAGACGGAGAUCAACAGCGCCACGCAGAACCAGUUGCUCUUCCACAUGCUCAAGGAGAAAGCUGAGAUCAACCCGGAGCUGGACGCCUUGCUGGGCAGCGCUUUGCAAGAGUUAGGUUACCUGUCUCCAGAGAACGGAGAUGACAGCAGUAGUGAUGAAUCCACCCCCAGUCCAGCCACAGAGGGCAGCACACUGGCAUCAGAUUUAAUGAAGAUGUGUGGUGAAUCCAGACCAAGAAGCAAGGCUCGAAGGCGAACCACCACACAGAUGGAAUUGCUUUAUGCCAGCAGUGGAGAUUUGUCCUGUGAAUCCCCCACUGGAGACUUUUCAGCCCCUCUGCUGCCCCUCGCUGAGCGCCUGGAAGGACCGGCAGACAUGCAGGGUCAAGCGGUUGGUCAAACCGCUGACCGUGAGCAAACUGUUUCCCCAUCUGCGCUGUCUGCCAGGCCAGCUGCCAUUUCCAGAUCCAGAUCACCUACAGGAGCUGAGAGGAAACAACUGGAGCGCUCGCCGCUCAGCCGCAGGAAGAUGCACGAGAAAGGAGGCGUGGCGUCGCAGAUCCCAGGACCUGUACAUGCAGCUCCAGUUAGCACAGCGGAAACUAAAACCAAAGCCAGUGACUACAAAUCCCUGCUGGAGGACUCGACUGCGUUUGAAGGCCACAGGGGUGUCAUCAACCCUGUAACAAGCCCCAAGAACAGUCGGGGGGGCAAACUUCAGUGUGUUUAUGUAGCUGAGGGCCACACCAAGCCUGUUCUCUGUGUAGACGCCACUGAUGACCUGCUGUUUACAGGGUCUAAAGACCGGACAUGUAAGGUCUGGAACUUGGUGACAGGUCAGGAGAUCAUGUCUUUGGCUGAUCAUCCCAGCAGUGUCGUCUCAGUCAGGUACACUUCCAGCCUUGUCUUCACCGUUUCCACUGCUUACAUCAAAGUUUGGGACAUACGAGACUCUGCCAAGUGUAUCCGCACACUCACGUCAUCGGGACAGGUGGGCUCAGGAGACACCUGUUCUUCUGCUCGGAGUUUAUCCAUCCCACCUGGAGAGAGUCAGAUCAAUCAGAUUACUCUCAACCACACUGGCUCUUUCCUGUAUGCUGCUGCUGGCAAUGCUGUCCGCAUGUGGGAUCUCCGCAAAUUUGCAUCUACGGGGAAGCUGACCGGCCAUCUGGGGCCUGUUAUGUGUCUGACAGUCGAAAAGUUGGGCAGCGGGCAGGACCUGGUGCUCACCGGCUCCAAAGACCAUCAUAUUAAAAUGUUUGAGGUGACAGAGGGCGCUCAGGGUAGCAUCACCUCCUGCCAUACGUUUGACCCCGUCCAUCAGGACAGCGUGGAGUCUCUCACUGUGCAUGGAGACUUUUUCUACAGCAGCUCCAGAGACUAUUAUAUUAAAAAGUGGGACUUGGCCAGUAAGAAACUGUUACAGUCGGUCAAUGCCAAGGCAGACUGGGUUAGUGCUCUGGGCGUGGUGCCAGGCUCCCCGGUUCUGCUCAGUGGAUGCAGAGGAGGGCUGUUGCGCCUUUGGCACACUGACUCGCUUGCACCCCUCGGUGAGGUCCAAGGACACGACAGUCCGAUCAACGGCCUGGCUACUAACAGCAGCCAACUGUUCACUGCCUCUGAUGACCGAACUGUGAAGAUAUGGGAAGCCAAAGCAUCUCUGGAGGAUGGAUUUUAAUGACUGCUGGAUUUAAUGACACAGGAUUGCUCACUGGCCAUCAGUCAGUCAACAUGAAUUAUUUGCAAAGUUUCUAUAACAUCUUCGACUUGAGAAAUUACUGACUGGGAAACCCAGAGAGGGUCCCAAAUCAAUAGGUAUGGCAGGAUAGGCCCACAAUAACCUUAAAACAUCCCUGAUGCUUCACUUGGAAUAGUUUCAGGGAAAUCAUUCUUUCCAGCUGAGUAGCAUUACUGACAUUUUAGGUCAAAACAUCAUCCGUGAACCUCUCAAGCUCCUAUAGAACUGCUGCAGUGGCCAGCUCAUUUCAUAGCUGUGACUGUAAUAGAGUGAAAAGAAAAGUAUGGAUUUAUUGAUCCAGGAGUUUGUGGUGUAUUCAACAUUCCCUGUCAGUUCAACGCAAGACAACAUGGAUACUGUCUAUGCAUAUUAUUCAUUUUUGCCAGAGCUACUAAGAAAAAGGAAAACAGAUUAAAUUAUUUGCUUCAUUGCACCAAUUUUUCUUCAUCAAAACCAAGACUGCUGAAAACGUCUGUGUCCCAAGACAAGACACGGAAAUAUUUAAACUCCAGCAAUAACUGUCUUUUUGUUCACGUGAUGGGUGGUUUAUUGUGUCUUUCUGGCAUUGUUGUGCUGGUCUCUUUACGUAUGCAUGUGUUCUCAGUUACCAAGGACCAACUGAAGCUGCAUAUGGUCUUAAUAUUGAGCUGUUACUGCCAAGCCCAUCAGAUUAAAGUAGAGGCCUCAAAAUAAGGCAUACACCAUGCUCCUUUAACACGGUUCUUAUACAGUUUAAAUUUACCCAGGCUUAGUCAGGAUUAAGCUUUUAAAAAAAUAAGUAAAAUAAAGUGACAAUGUUGUAUCUCUAACAAACUGCAGGUAUCAUAGCUGAAUAGCACUAUUCCUACAUUACAUAUUGCCUUAAAAAGCAGAGAGUACUAUCUGCUGAAACAUUACCUUUGAAAAAGGCUACUUUGUCAUUAGACAUAACAGUGAAAGACAUUUCAAAACCCAUAAUAAUUCAAAGUGUAAUGUAAUAUUUUUAGAUAACUAUAUAAAUAUAUAAUUGUAUAAAUCUGAACAACAUCAAAUAAAGUUAACUUUCCUAGCUUAAAAGGCUAGUACCUGCUAGGCUAGUUAGCUUUUAGCUAGUUUAGCUGAUACUUUUCACGGUGACCAGAAAACAUAUCCUGCCCUGUCUUUCUGUAAGACAGCUGAAUUAUGAAACUACUUGAACAUUAAAUUAUAUUUGAAAUUUAAAAAACAGACGGAAAAAUAUGCUAGCUAGCUAGCAGCAAAUCUAUUAUUUAUCGCAUUUGCCCGCACAUUGAUUCUGCGUGUGGCAAAACACUUAAUUAAAUGUUAGAUUGUGAUCAUUUUUGAAUGUGCAUGGUAGCACAUUGCAACAGGUUUUUAAGAAAGAACUCCUCUGAGCAGGAUAACCAUUUAAGAACAGGUAAUAAUGAAGAUUUGUUCACAUUUCCAACUCAACAGCUUUUUCUGAUUAUAGUCGGCCAUCAGCUCGGUUUCUCAAUCCUCUGGUUGAUGCUUUUUUAUAAAGCAUCUCUUGGUCUUUUACUUUGUACUUCCCGUUAUUUUUACAUGUUAUGGUAAUCCACUGAGCGUAAUUCUCUCCCCGUCUUCGAUAGUUGUACGACACUUGCACAGCUGAAGCACUGCUCUGGCAGCAAGUGCUUUUAUGAAACAUUCUGAUUUACAGUCAGUGAUUGUAAACCAUUCAUCUUGAUAGACUCAAGCACCUUGUAAUUCCCAAGUCAUGUAAUACGGUAUGAGUUACAGUCUUGUGAAAGCAUUUCUUUUUCAAGUGUGUAUAUGUGCAUGUUUUUCCAACCAAAUUGUGUGGCAGUUUCUUGUAUAUUACUGUUUAUCUCUGCUGUUUUAGUACUUGUAAACUGCACAUGUGCUGCAGUUAAGCAUUUGAAAAGAACAUUCAGUCUGUUAAAUGUGUAAAAAUGCUACGACUAUUUAUUUGUUUUUUUUCUCUGAUUUUUCUGUUGUGUCCACUGAAAGUUUUUGAACUCUUUCCAUCUGAUACCUCUGUUAUCUUGCUGUUGUAGACGACUGACUCCAUAUACAGAGGUAUUAUCAGUGCCUGUAAUUAAUCCUGAACUGUAUGCAGUGACUGAGAAAUCACUACCUGAUAAAUGUUGGCUAUCCCUCAUUAAAAAGGUUAGGUAAACAUUUGCUCCUGAACUACUCUAUCACAAGUAUCUGUUAAAUAAAUUUGCUGCUCUUACUGGGAUAUAUGAGGUAGAAGUUGUUAGCAAAGGUAAAGUCAGUGGGACUCAGGUAAUUGCACUGAAAAAUCUUUUUAUUUUGUGAGUUGAAUUGACUUUCCUUCUGUCUCACAAGAAAGAGCUUAAAUCGAGUACAGAAAUCGGUUUUCAGUCCCAUUGACUAAAUAAUCCUCUAGAAACCAGAUGAGCUGUAAGUGUUAUCCCUCUAAUUGUAAUAUUAUAUUUUGAAAUGUGACUGUAAAUUUCUUCUUGUGUAAAUACGCCGUUUCAUUCCUGCUGAUUCUCUUGUGAACAAUUUUUAAGUGAUUAAGAUCGGUUGCAGCGUGGAAAUAAAUUUUAAUAUUUAAAAAAUUUUUGUUU